AUGGCGAAUUAUGACUAUAACAAAGGCUAUCGCUGGUUCCGUUUUGAAAAAGAUUCGGCCAUCGAUUCUUCUUUACCGCCGUUAAGCAGCUAUCGUAAUGCGAGAGAAGUAAACUCUAUUCUAUGGAUGUCCAACGCUGAACAUGUUGCGAACAACGAAAGAGGACAUGUCCACAGCGACUCCAGUGUCAUCAGCAGAACCCAUGAACCUCCUUCGCUUCAUCUGCCCAUUCUUCUGACAGGUUAUGAAUCGAACACAUCACAAGCAGCGCCUACUCUUAGACUACAAAAAGCUGCUGAUAUUGAAGAUGGUUGUACAGUGCACAGUCACAGAAAUACUUUGGCACUGCCUGUACCAACCCCAACUGUGUUAAUGGGAUCGGAAGCAAGCGCUGUCAGUCACCAUACUUCUGUGAGCAAACGGACACCGGUUAUUCGAGCACAUAAAGCACGGAGCAAACGUACAUCAGCACGAAAAUCAAGAUUUCAACCGAAUCUUGGAACUCAAUCAGAUCUUCAAGAUUGUCUAUUUAUUCAGAACGGUAUUCAGUGUUUUCCAGCGGGCGGUAAGGGAUUUUUGUCGCCACAGAAAGAAAAAGACAUCAACGAUUGGAUAAAUGGAUCAAAAGCUAGCAAGGAGUAG